AUGAUCAUCCCCAAUAUUCCUACCAAGGAUUCGCCUGAUUCGUUUGAAUUUUGGUGGAAGAUGACCACCAGCGCAUUCCUGGUUCUUGCGGGGGGCGUCUUCGCUGGAUUAUCAAUUGGUCUCAUGGGGCUCAACGAACUUCAUCUCCGUGUGUUAGCCACCUCGUCAGAAGAAGAGACCGAACGGACAAAUGCACAGACUGUGUUGAACCUCAUGCAAAGAGGUCGCCAUUGGGUGCUGGUGGUGCUUCUUCUCAGCAAUGUGAUCAUCAACGAGAGCUUGCCAAUCUUUCUUGACAGCGCGAUUGGAGGAGGUUUAAUUGCUGUAGUAAUUUCAGCAACUGCCAUUGAGAGUAAGUACAAUGUGUCGUGCACUGUGGAGUUGUUUUUGUACCUACUUACCAAAAGGAUCAUACCUCAAGCAGUCUGCGCGAGACACGGUCUCGCCGUCGGUGCACGAUGUGCACCAUUUGUUCUCCUUCUGAUGUACCUCUUUGCACCCGUCGCAUAUCCAAUUGCAAAAAUUCUCGAUCGUGCCUUGGGAGUUCACGAUGCGCACACCUACAAGAAAGCUGAACUUAAAUCUUUUCUCCAAUUCCACCGCACUGGCCAAGAGCCUUUGCGCGAUGACGAGAUUGGCAUUCUCAAUGGCGUCCUGGAGCUCAGCAGUAAGAACGUGGAGAUGAUCAUGACUCCCAUUCGUGAUGUUGUCAUGUUGAGCUCGGAUACAAUUCUGGACCACUCCACUAUCGACGCUAUCCUUGCCAGCGGCUACUCUCGGUUUCCCGUGCACAAGCCAGGAAAUCCGCUCGCAUUUGAGGGCCUCCUUUUGAUCAAGAAGUUACUGAUGUACGACCCCGCACGAGAACUCCCAGUCUCGCACUUUCCCUUGUCCAUCUUGCCUCAAGCCCUGCCAUCAAUCAACUGUUUCCAAGCGCUCGACUAUUUCCGAACAGGGCGUGCGCAUUUAUUAUUGAUCAGUCGGACACCUGGUUCACCUGGCGGCGGAAUUGGUGUGAUUACUCUAGAAGGUAAAACAAAUCAUGAAAUGAUUUCGGAGGAGAUCGUCGAUGAAACUGAUCAGUACGAGGACAAUCAGAGUAAGCGGCAUGCUAAGCGUAUGAUCAAUGCUACUGUUAUGAGAGAGUACGUCUUGUAUUUCGCCAUUUGGGCUCGAUCAUAA